GUAAACAGAAGCUUGAGGAGGUCGGCGUGCGUGUGGGAGCUGCUCAUGUUUAGGUGAGCUCGCUGUGUGUGUGUGUGUGUGUGUGUAUAUAUAUACUUAUUUAUUUAUUUACUUACUUACGUAUAAGAGUAAGAAACGUCAGAAGACGAUUGUGUUAAAUUCGCACAGGUCACGCCUUUACUUCUCUCGCGGUACUGAAGCAGCCGCCGUCCUUAUGUAGCGGCAGGCCGACAGGUUUGUGAAAGGCUGCAGACUGGAGUUGAAGCCCCCCAGUCGCUCUGAGCUCGAAUGACGGUGGACUGCGGAACAGAGUCGCGUAUCUUUAAUGAAAUGCCGCCCUACACGUACAGCCUGGCAAAGGGCAGACGCGUGACCGAAUGUGCUGUGGACGGUGAGUUUGCUCGUUGGUCUCCAAAGUCGUGUCCGUUUUCUAAUUCUCCUCCAUAUCUUUUACUAGUGACUGUCCCGUGGAAGGACAUCACCUCUGCCAGGAUGUUAAAAGACGCGUCAAGUGGCGGUGACUUCCUGCGUUGCCAGCGCGGAGAGACCUGCAGCAGCAGCCGCCCAACUUCAGAGCAUCACACCGCGUGGUGAAGUGGAAGCGAGCGGACCGCCAGGCCCAGUAAAAAGAAGGUCCCCGAACAUCAUGAGAAGAAGUCUGAGGAGGUGAAGGAAAGGCGCUGGCUGCACCCAUGGGGCGCUUGGAUGAGCCAGCAAAAAAGCGCAUUGUGGAGCUGCGGAGGGCCGGGCUGAGCUUCCGCAAGAUCAAGGCCGUUCUGGAACUGGACAACGUCAAGGUGUCGGCCCAGGCCAUCUACCUUUACCUGAAGAAAGAGAAGAAAAUCCAAAUGGAGGAGUGCAGCGGCUUUAGUUGGUCCGAUCAGCAAAGGCCAACUGGACAAGUCCAUCAAAAACCAAACCGAAGAGCAGGCUCUGCCCGGAAUGCCUGGUGCCCCGAGAUGACCAGGUACGGCGCCAAAGGGCAAAGUGGUGAUGUUGGGAACGAGGAAGAGGAAAUCAAAAUCCUGAACGUGACGUCUCUCUCGGAGAACUCUGACUGCUUUUGUUUUCAGAGGAGAGGAAGUUCAUCACAAGGAGGGGCCGGUGAGAGCGAGACCCCCAACCCAGCCACAAAAGGAAGCCCGCGAGUGACGUGUGGCACAACCCAUGGGCCUGCUGUACCUUCAGCACUUCAUAAGACCCUGCUGGUGAUGCCCGGCUGCAGACGAGUUCAGUCCCCGGCGCCCAGGAAUGCCACGCUGAUGGCUCGCAGGAGACUCGUCGAGAAGGCCGUCCUUCACAAGAUGAAGGAGCCACGUGGUCCGGUCAUUCGAAGAGGCGGAGGGCUCGCGGUGACGUUCUUUGAGGAGCUCCAAAUCGACUCCAGCUGGUCAGUCGCUCAGCCAGUGGCCGAUACCGAGACCACCAGAACUCCAGUAGUUCGUUUUCUGAUGGACGUGUCACCAGCUGGCGCUCCGAAUGGCCCGACUCUGAGAAGCAGCGGCGGCAGCCAGAAGCCGAGCCCACCAGAGUGCUGCCCAGUGGACUCGCAGCAGCAGCAGAGGGCCUUAGUGUCGCCCACUGGAGCGUACGCGGCCUCCGGCGGGCCAGGCGUCCCCCAUAGGCACAUCGCUUCACAGACCCUCGGUAGCAGUGGCAGUGCGGCGCCCUCUGGGCCAGCUCACGGAUGCCAGACUGGCACGACGGCCACUCUUCCAGCAAACGGAGGGAGCCCCCAUCCUGACGGCAGGGUGUUCGAGAAACUCGAGACUUUGAAUAUCGAGGUGCGUAGACUGGGCAGUGCUGUCCGCCUGCUGACCGAACAACAUGGCCGCCUAGAGAGGGAGCAGGCGCAGCAAACUCGCGUGCAGCAGCAGAUCCUCCGCACACUUCAGACGCUGGCAGCGGCGUUGGCACCAGCAGCAGCCCUGAACCCAGCACCUUGCACGGAGAGUCCGGUCCCUGGCCAUGCCCCCUAUACGCCAACCAGCCUGGCCCCCCCUCACCAACAGCCUGGGCCAAAGCAAGCCAGUUCAGACUGCCCACACUACGGUGCCACUGACUCGGAUGGCAGUUAUGACGGCGCCAACGUGGACUCUGCCCGACCCAUUCAUCCUCACUAUGAACGGGGACAUUUAAACCCACCCCCUCCAGCCCAUGGAAACUACCGGCCGUGUAACCCGGACCCCACUUGCUAUUCCUGCAUCUGCCCACCGGGCAGGCCACACUACUCGCCCAGCAGCCCCCCGUCUGAUGCGCAGUACAACAUCUUUAAAGCUGAGCUCUUCUGAUACGAGAGGCGACUGCUCAUCCCGACGAUGAAGAUGAAGAUGGCCAAUUAGAGGGGGAUUAACAUGUCCGGUCUCAGAGGAUGGCGACUGUGGUGGAUGUUGGGGGUCAGGACGGGAGACUUGUGUCCACUUGACUGACCACACUGGGGUUGGGGUUGUAGUGUCACAGGAAGGGGCAGCUUGUAGCUGAUUUGAUCGAUUUGUGUCAGCAGGUGACGUCAGACAUGAUGGCCAAGGGGUCAGCUGGGACUCUGCUAAAGGGGGGCUUUCAUGUUAAA